UUAAAGUGCAUAGUUCCGUUGAACGAACAUAACAAACCGAUCGGAACUAAUUUCCGUUCCCAUUUUUGUCAUCCGUCACCGGAAAAAGCCUCACAGAAACCCUAAUGAAGAACCUCCACCAAACUUUAUCAUUAUUCAUAUCUAUAUGCAUCACAUUAUCAGCUGAAACAGCCUUUGGAAUUAGGUUUCCAAAUCCGAUAUCUCAGGCGAAUGUAAAUCCUCCCGAUGAGCUUCUGAAAACCGCAGUUUUUUCUCUCGGAAGCUUCUGGAGAUCGGAAGCAGUUUUCGGUUGCUUAGAUGGAGUUGUCAGGACCUCCGUUGGUUACGCCGGUGGAUCCAAAUUAAAUCCCGAGUAUCGAAGCUUGGGUGAUCAUGCUGAAUCUGUAUAUAUUGAAUAUGAUCCUCGGGUGAUUAAUUUCAGGCAACUUCUGGAGGUGUUUUGGUCUAGCCAUGACUCAAGGCAAGUAUUCGGGCAAGGUCCUGAUGUUGGCAACCAAUACAGGUCUAUUAUUUUCUUUAAUGGAACCGAGGAGUCCAGAUUGGCUGCUGUGAGCAAAGAAAGAGAGCAAAUGAAGUCUAGAAGUAGCAUUGUAACUACCCAAAUUCAACAACUCGGGACCUUUUACCCUGCAGAACCUGAGCAUCAGAAGUUUGAACUAAAACGAAACCCCUUCCUUCUUCAAUUGAUUGGCAACUUAGUCGAAGAAGAACUUGAUAAAUCAAGCUUGGCAGCAAAGCUAAAUGGGUAUGCUGCAGAGCUGUGUCCACCAAGAAUUGAAAGCCGGAUCGAUGGCAAAGUCAAUGAAAUCAUUAGAAAAGGAUGGCCUAUUUUACGAGAUGUGUAGGAAGCUUCGUAUGUAGCCUAUGUGAGGAUCUGAUAGAGCCGUUUGUGUUGGUACUUCUCAGGUUUUUGAAAGUUUUUACAACUCCCUUCACCUUUGUACUUGUGUAUUUGAAGAUAACAAUUGCUACUUAGACAAUUCUGGUGGUUCAGCUCCAUAUCAGUUGGAAAUAUAUGUAUGAAUUUAGGGCACUAUAUCAAAUGAAAUGAUGAUACAAAACAAAGUUCGCUACUC